GCUAAACUUCCUUAAAACCCUAAAAGAAUAUCUAAACUAAGAGUGAUGAGUAAUACUUAGGCUAAAAAGUCCUUCAUAAAAAAUAUUUGAGUUAAGGCCUUAAGGGUAUUUAUACACCAAUAAAUAAAAGAGAGAAAGAAAAGAGAAAAAAGAAAGGAAAAUAGAAAAGGUAAAGAGAUAAAAGAAAAAAGGAUAAAGAAAAUGAGAGUUAAAAGAGGAGUUAGAAACGGUAGAAAAAUAAAAAAGGAAACAAAAGAAAGAAGGAAAAGACGAAAAGUACAGUAACUAAGGGAUGAAUAGACAAAAUAGAAUCCUUUCAAAAAAAGAAUAGACAAAAUAGAAAAUGAAACUCCCCCCAAAAUACAAAACAUCAGUGAUCUUUUUAAAAAAACGGUUAAAAUUAGCGUCCACUUCCGCUUUUUCAGCGUCCAUACGGCGGACGCUAAUUUUAUUGGUCUAAUAAACCCAGAUUUCCUCCCAUUUCGCAUUCGACUACCCAUACAAUCAAUCCAAAACCGAAACUCCAAACCCUAACCCCUAACCCCUAACCCGACGACGGCAGCCACCGUCCAUUUCUUCACGCCGGAGAACGCCGCCCAAACAUCCCUCUCUUCAAUACUUGACGCCGCACCCGAGCCGCCGCCGGUCUUCCAGCCCCGCCCCUCCAGCCGCCGCUCUUCCAUUCCAGAGUUUUAAAUUAUGAAAAGGAAGGAACGUAGCUGGAUGUAUAACAGACUUGACGGGCGUCGCCUUAGAACUGAGUUUGUGAAAGGGGUUGAUGAGUUCAUUGAGUUUUGUUUACAACAUCCACAUUUGCAUGACAAUGACAAGAUAAAAUGUCCAUGCAUCAAGUGCAAUAACAUGCGUUAUUUGGAGGUGGACACGGUCAAAGUACAUUUGUACAAGAAGGGUUUUAAACCGAAUUACUUUGACUGGUUAUGUCAUGGUGAACGCGUUGCGGAGUCCUCCUCAUCUUCUGCCCAGUCAAAGCCAUAUUUGGAUAUGGUGGUGGAUGCUUUAGGGAAUACUGAAGAGCAUGAUGUGCUUGCACUUUCAAACUCAGUUGAAGAAGAACCGAAUGGUGAAGCAAUGAAGUUUUUCGACCUUCUGAAGGCGGCUGAGAAUCCCUUGUAUGAUGGGAGCAAGAUAUCGGUGCUGGAGAUGGCUUCUAGAAUCACAAGUUUGAAGUGUGAGUACAACCUACCACAUAGGUGUGUUGAUGGGUUUGCUAGUUUAGUGAAUGAAGCGAUCCCCGACAACAACCACAUGGAAAAAACUUUCUACGACACAAAGAAAGUUCUAAAUGGGUUGGAGCUUCCACAUGAGAGGAUUCAUGCAUGUCCUAGAGGUUGUAUGUUGUUUUGGAAGGGCGACGCUCACUUAGAUAAGUGUAGUGUAUGCGGUAGUGAUCGGUACAAGAAGACAUUUAAGGGCAAGUUUAUUCCUGCAAAAGUCUUAAUCUACUUUCCAAUCACACCGAGGUUGCAAAGGUUGUUUGCAACUAAAAACAUAUCUCAGGAAAUGACAUGGCACGCCGACAAUCCUCGAGUGCGAGGCACAUUAACACAUCCAAGUGACAGUGAAGCAUGGAAACACUUUGAUAAAACCUUUCCCGACUUUGCUGCUGAGGCUCGAAAUGUUAGACUCGGGUUGUGCACAGACGGAUUUUCUCCAUAUGGUAAGUUCGGAGGGCAAUAUUCGUGCUGGCCAGUUAUUCUCACACCAUACAAUUUGCCUCCAUCUAUGUGCAUGAAGAAACCAUUCAUGUUUCUUUCUUUGCUCGUCCCGGGACCUAAAAAUCCAAAAGGAAACUUGGAUACGUUUAUGCAACCUCUAGUUGAAGAGUUGAAGCAGUUAUGGCAUAAUGGAGCUACUACCUAUGAUGUUUUAAGAAAACAAAAUUUCAACCUUCGAGCAGCGCUGCUUUGGACAAUUAGUGACUUCCCAGCGUAUGGUAUGUUGUCUGGAUGGUGUACUGCUGGAAAAAAGGCAUGCCCUUAUUGCAUGGAUAAAAGCAAGACAUUUUGGCUUGAACAUGGGGGUAAAGUGACAUGGUUCGAUUGUCAUCGACAAUUUCUUCCGUCUGAUCACCCAUUUCGAAAGAACAAGACUGCUUUUUGUAAGAAUAGGGUCGAGAAUGGCGUGGCUCCUCACAUAAUGUCUGGAGAGGAACUGUGGCAGUGCGUGAAGGACUUACCUAAAGCAACUGAUGGUCCCGAGGCGCUGAACCGAUUGAAGAAGGAUAAAAAAGGUUGGUUGAAACAAGAUAUUUUGUGGGAGCUUCCAUAUUGGAAAGAUUUGAUUUUGCGUAACAAUUUAGAUGUUAUGCAUGUUGAGAAGAAUUUUUUCGACCAACUCAUUAACACUGUGAUGGAUGUGAAGCCUAAAGCACCUUACACACUCGACAAGGCUCAGAAAAAGGUAUUUUGUGAGUGGGUACGUGACUUGAAGUUUCCAGAUGGCUUUGCAUCGAACUUGAGUAGAUGCGUGGAUCUUAGUUAUAGUAAAUUGCAAGGAUUGAAGAGCCAUGACUGUCAUGUAUUCAUGGAGAGGCUGUUGCCGGUUCUCUAA